AUGUAAAUCAAGAAUAUAAAUACAAGCAGUAACCAUGUUCUCAAGAAUUCGAGGAUUCUUAAGUCGCCAUAGGCGUAAGUUCAUAAUUGGGAGUGUCGUUGUUAGCGGUGCCAUUUUUCUGACGCGUUACACGCAGCGCAAGCUUCGAGAGUGGCAGGAGAAUGAAAUAAGAGCGUUACUGGAGCGAACGAAAAAGCAGCAGUAUUAUGAGAACAUGCUGAAAACGUGUAACCAAAUGAUAUUGUCCCUGGUGGCAACAUUGAGAAACUCGGUGAUUGAAGAGAAUGACUCGGAGUUCAUAAUAAAUCAGUUGAAAGAUGGGUCUGUCGAUAAGAUAUCAGCUUGGAAUCAACUGAAAGUACUGGCGAUCACGCGAUCGGCCGUGAUAAUUUAUUCCUACACGAUGCUGGUUACAUUUCUUCGAAUUCAGCUCAGCCUGAUCAGCGGACACAUGUACAAAGGCGCACAGAACGUGGACAACGAGAGCAUCGAAAAUGAAAUACAGAGGAAGUACAUGGCGCUCUCUAGUUACUUUAUAUACGAAGGCAUCAUAAAUCUGAAUUCUUUCGUAAAGAGCAAGGUCGCCGAAGCGACAGCCGCGGUGUCCCUGACGGAACGACUAACACUGCGAGAUCUGGAGCAAAUUUAUUGGGCGAUCGCGUCGUCCGUGUCCGCUGACGGUUCAGGAGACCCCAUUAAAAACUGUACGCAUUACAUGUUGCAAAAAAAUGGUAACGACGAAGAAAAAAUCGCGUAUUCGAAGCUGAUUGAUCAGCUGCUGGAUAUGUUGGAGAGCGAGGAGGUCCAGGACUUGAUGCAGAAAAAUGUCAGGAGUGGAUUUGUCUUAUUGAUGGAUCACAUAUCCACGUACUUUAACGAUUCCUCUCAAAGCGAUAACGGAUGCACGACACGGAACGGGAUGUUACAGUCGAGCGUCGAAAAUUCUUUGGUGGCUACCGACACCGGGUCAACUGAAUUUGUUAAUAUUAAUAAAACCUCUAUAGCAUUGGCCAGAAUUAUUCCUAUCGUGAACAAGCAGAUUCCGGACAAUCCGACACAUACGGACGCAGCAGCGGGUUGGCUCCAAUAUUUAGUGCUAAACAACGAACUCAAAACGCUUGGGGCGAAUAUUUAUGAAGCAGUCAGCUAUGUACACAAUUAACUACAAAUCAAUAAAGAUUGUCAAGUGCUAUGCAGUCAUUUGGCGACGGUAUCAUGCAAUAUGAUUUAGCAGUAUGUAUCAAUGUAUCUUUAUUUUUGGGUAUUCACUUUUAUGCAUCUCUUUGUGUAUUUACACAUAUUUUGUACUUCGCGAAAUUUUGCCAUAUUUUUUUUUAAAUUGGAACACGUUUGAUGGCCUCGUUACUUCUCACGAACGUUCCUACCGAACAGAUAACUUUAUUACACAUGACACACACUAGGAUAACGUUUUCCUCUUUCGUAAAGAAAUAAUUUCCUGAUAAACACUACUUAAUAAAUACAAUUUAAUACUUCAAAUAUUGGAAAUUGGGAAACAGGCUGAGAGAAAAUAGAAAGCUCAAAUAUGGAUGGUUUGUGUAACACAAUGGAGUAUUAUAGUCAAUUUUGUAACGAAGUAAAUGGUGUGUUAAUAUUGUAUCUUUGAUAUAUAAUAAAAUAUAAUAAAACCUCCUUA